AGGCCGGGGGGCGGGGCUAGCGGGGAACUGCAGCCGGAGAGCGGCGGCCCGAGCCGGGGCCAUGGCGAAGCUGCUGAGCUGCGUCCUCGGCCCCCGGCUCUACAAAAUCUACCGCGAAAGGGACUCUGAAAGGGCGCGGUCCGGCGCCCCUGAGACUCCAGCGUCGGUCACUGCGCCCCCUCCCAGCUCCUGGGAUACGUACUAUCAGCCCCGGGCCCUGGAGAAACAUGCCGACAGCAUCCUGGCACUGGCUUCAGUCUUCUGGUCCAUCUCUUAUUACUCCUCUCCCUUCGCCUUCUUCUACUUAUACAGGAAAGGUUACCUGAGUCUGUCCAAAGUGGUACCGUUCUCUCACUAUGCUGGGACGUUGCUACUACUGCUGGCAGGGGUGGCCUGCCUCCGAGGCGUUGGCCGCUGGACCAACCCCCAGUACCGGCAGUUCAUCACCAUCCUGGAGGCCACACAUAGGAACCAGUCUGCGGAGAACAAGAGGCAGCUGGCCAGCUACAACUUUGACUUCAGGAGCUGGCCAGUGGACUUCCACUGGGAGGAGCCCAGCAGCCGGAAGGAGUCCCGAGGGGGCCCUUCCCGCCGGGGCGUGGCCCUGCUCCGCCCAGAGCCCCUGCACCGGGGGACAGCAGACACCCUCCUCAACCGCGCCAAGAAGCUGCCUUGUCAGAUCACCAGCUACCUGGUGGCCCACACCCUGGGGCGCCGGAUGCUGUACCCCGGCUCCGUGUACCUGCUCCAGAAGGCCCUCAUGCCUGUGCUCCUGCAGGGCCAGGCCCGGCUGGUGGAAGAGUGUGAUGGGCGCCGGGCAAAGCUGCUGGCCUGUGAUGGCAACGAGAUUGACACCAUGUUUGUGGACCGGCGGGGGACAGCUGAGCCCCAGGGACAGAAGCUGGUGAUCUGCUGCGAGGGGAAUGCGGGCUUCUACGAGGUGGGCUGCGUCUCCACACCUCUGGAAGCUGGGUAUUCAGUCCUGGGCUGGAACCAUCCAGGCUUUGCCGGGAGUACGGGGGUGCCAUUCCCACAGAAUGAGGCCAACGCCAUGGACGUGGUGGUCCAGUUUGCUGUUCACCGCCUGGGCUUCCAGCCCCAGGACAUCAUCCUCUAUGCCUGGUCCAUCGGCGGCUUCACUGCCACGUGGGCAGCCAUGUCCUACCCAGACAUUAGUGCUGUGAUCCUGGAUGCCUCCUUUGAUGACCUGGUGCCCUUGGCCUUAAAAGUCAUGCCAGACAGCUGCAGGGGCCUGGUGACCAGGACCGUGAGGCAGCACCUCAAUCUAAACAACGCAGAGCAGCUGUGCAGGUACCAGGGCCCGGUGCUGCUGAUCCGAAGAACCAAGGAUGAGAUCAUCACCACCACGGCUCCUGAGGACAUCAUGUCCAACCGAGGCAACGACCUCCUGCUGAAGCUCCUGCAGCAUCGGUAUCCCCAUGUGAUGGCAGAAGAGGGUCUUCAAGUGGUGAGGCAGUGGCUGGAGGCCUCCUCGCAGCUGGAGGAAGCCUCGAUUUACAGCCGAUGGGAGGUAGAGGAAGACUGGUGUCUGUCUGUCCUCCGCUCCUACCAGGCGGAACACGGGCCAGACUUCCCCUGGAGUGUGGGGGAGGACAUGAGUGCACGUGAAAGGCAGCAGCUGGCUUUGUUUCUGGCCCAGAAACAUCUGCACAACUUCGAAGCCACACAUUGCACCCCGCUCCCGGUCCAGCACUUCCAGAUGCCCUGGCACCUCUAGGGACCAGCCCUCUAAAGUCAGCACUGGGCCUCGUGCUGAAGGACUGGUGGGAGGAGGCCUGAGGACGGGCCCUCGUGUUUGUGAUUCUGUGUUCAUGUUGCUGUUGAGUUUGUGGAGCGUGGAGUCCACCCCCUUUUCACUGUUCCUCUUGCAUGGGUCCUUCAUCCAUCCUGCAGUACCUGACCUCCUGGCACACCCUGCUUUAAAUGAAUGGAUUUUUCCUAAUAAUUAAUAAAAAGUAUUUUUUCUA